AUGCACGGAGAUAAAGACACAGAAGAAGAAUUCUAUUUCGACUAUGUUCGAUUAUUGGUGGAAAAUCGAAUGCUUCAUCGAUCGGGCUACUAUUUAGGUGCAUCAAAUCAAUGGGUUCGCAUUUUUACCAUAACCGCUCGACGAUAUUGGCUCGCACAAGCCACAUGUGAACAUCUUACAGCCGAUUGGAAAAUACAUUUUUCUAUUCGACCUCGAGAUAUUCCUUUGGCGUUCAAUCUUCUAUCAGAACUUUACUAUGACAUGAGAUUACCUGUAGGUCUUAAAGCUCGAUAUCCGGAUCAUUGGAAAGAUUUUGACAAUACAUGGCCUAAACAUAUGUAUGGGCGAGAGAUCACUGUCUAUAUACUACUCUAUGAGUGCACAUCAAAAACUCAUCAAACAAUGCUUUAUUCUAACAGUGAUUUAAGUAAAGCAAAAGGAAUGAUUAAUUGGGAUUUAUCAAAUGUAGGAGAUAUAUAUCCAGUGUAUGAGUUAACACCUAAAGAUCAAAUUUCGCUUGAACGAUAUCUUGAUUAUGUUGAUCAAGCUGAAGACCUACUUGAAAAACAUCAAAUCAAAUCCAAUGGAUGUGCUAUUGGCGAUUAUCCGAUUGGAAAAUAUACAUCGUUACGUAAUGAAAAAUUUGUUGCUAUUGACGACAAUGAUACUCGUGAAAAAAUACGACUUAUCUAUCCACCAAACGAAUGUGGUUACAAUGGAUCGAAUGAUAGGAUAGAUUUAACAAAAGAAAUAAUUGAUUUAAAUACAUAUCGAAAGCGUAAAAAGCAAAAGCAAAUAAUGAACAUUUUAUUUUUUCUCUCAAGUUCCUUUUUCAUUUUCUUUACUUUGAAUAAAUUAAUUUUUUAA